UCUGCCAGUCCCCACUCCACUUCAAGUCCCGCCCGUGGUGCCUGCGGAUCUAGUACUGUCCGUGCCUCCUUCCCGCGCCCGCCGACUGACAGCUGCUGGCACUCGUGUGUUCUCCCUGCGGUCCGAACACAUAGUAUGACCUUUAGGUGUUUCGUCUCCUGGCCUUCAUUUUCUAUGGAAAAUCAAGGGGAUCGGGCCAUGAUAGCCACUGGCAAUUUUGAAGAAUGGGACGCUUUUAGAGAAGCUUGAUCUUGGAAGGCCUCACAGCGUGAGACCUUACAAAGCCAGAUUCUGGCAGAGUUCCUGUAUCUUGUCUUGCUGAUUGAAGGUACCCUCUUCAUCAAUUUUUCUCCAUCUCCUGGGAGGUAGAAGGAAAUCAGAAUCAUGGUUGGGUUCAAGGCCACAGAUGUGCCCCCUACUGCUGCUGUGAAGUUCCUGGGAGCCGGCACAGCUGCUUGCAUAGCAGAUCUCAUCACCUUUCCUCUGGACACUGCUAAAGUCCGGCUGCAGAUCCAAGGAGAGAGUCAGGGGCCAGUGCGCACCAUGGCCAGCACCCAGUACCGUGGCGUGCUGGGCACCAUCCUGACCAUGGUGCGCACCGAGGGGCCCCGCAGCCUCUACAAUGGGUUGGUGGCCGGCCUGCAGCGCCAGAUGAGCUUCGCCUCAGUCCGCAUCGGUCUCUACGACUCCGUCAAGCAGUUCUACACCAAGGGCUCAGAGCAUGCCAGCAUUGGGAGCCGCCUCCUAGCAGGCAGCACCACAGGGGCUCUGGCUGUCGCUGUGGCCCAGCCCACAGAUGUGGUGAAGGUCCGCUUCCAAGCUCAGGCCCGGGCUGGAGGUGGCCGAAGGUACCAAAGCACCCUUGAUGCCUACAAGACCAUUGCUCGUGAGGAAGGGUUCCGGGGACUCUGGAAAGGGACCUCUCCCAAUGUUGCUCGCAAUGCCAUUGUCAACUGUGCUGAGCUGGUGACCUAUGACCUCAUCAAGGACACCCUCCUAAAGGCCAACCUCAUGACAGAUGACCUCCCUUGCCAUUUCACUUCCGCUUUUGGGGCGGGCUUCUGUACCACCGUCAUCGCCUCCCCUGUUGAUGUGGUCAAGACAAGAUAUAUGAACUCUGCCUUGGGCCAGUACAGCAGCGCUGGCCACUGUGCCCUUACCAUGCUCCAGAAGGAAGGGCCCCGAGCCUUCUAUAAGGGGUUCAUGCCCUCCUUUCUCCGCUUGGGGUCCUGGAACGUGGUGAUGUUCGUCACCUAUGAGCAGCUGAAGCGGGCCCUCAUGGUGGCCUACACUUCCAGGGAGGCGCCCUUUUGAGCCUCUCCUGCUGCUGACACAAAGCCACUGGCUUUGAAUUCCACUCCACACAGGCCCUGCUUCCCAUCUCCUUCUUCCUUUCCCUGUCUUCACC